GGAGCUCUCAAAUCUCGAUCAGAUCCAUCCCUCACAAAUCACAAAUAUGGAGUCGAAAGAAUCAAACAGAGAAGAAUUAUCAUCAGCUAAAGCAGUUCUUGUUGGUGCUUUGGCUCCAGGAGUCAACGCUCCUACUUGGAACACACUAAAGAUGGCAUUUUUGAUGCUUGUUGUGUGUCUUGCUGUUAUGCUGGGGUUGGCUUUUUCUUCAAGUGACUUCUCUUUGACUCUCCAUGUUGCCUUCCUCUUUUUAAUAACUGGAACCCUCUUUGUACUUCUUAGUAGGUUUCUAGCAGAGACUGGGUUUGUUUCUGUUGAACAUCAAAUGGAGGAACUAGGCUUAGCACCCAGAGAUGAAGAUACAAGCAAGAAGACGAGUUGAAGCUUUUAAAAUCAGAUUUAUCAUUACAUGAUGACUUUUCCAUUAAGAUUACAUUUUGCACGUUACAAUUAUGAUGAGUGAAAGCUCAACCUUGAGCUAUAUAUCUUGUCGGAAAAGCAAAAGAUGGGGUGCCGUAGAUCCUGUGCUCAAUCUUUGCCAUCCUCAAGGUCUUGUAAAACAGCUCUUUCAAUGCUCCUUCGGUUCUUUGUCCUUCGACUUCCCUUUCUUCUUCUUAAUGAAGCAGAAACACGAACAGCAGGGAAGCUGCAACAAGAAUUUCAUUUUUCUCUUGUUUAGUAUUCACAAAUGUUACUGAAAAUCGUUAUGUAUAUAUGGGGGGUCUUCAUGCCCU